AUGAGAUGAAUUGCAGUUGAAACUGUUAUGGAAAAGAUAGACCUUAGCAGUCUUGAAGGGGAUAUCAACGUUCCGGAGUCUCAGCAACCGCACAAGAGAAGAGGAAUCAUGUCACUGACAUUGUCAAAUGCAUCAGCAAGAGAGUGGCUUGCGAGAACUCGUGAAGGCAUCAAGCCAUGGGGAGAGUUCAUCAAUACCAGCAAAUUCAAGGUCCCCAAGUCUGUAGCACCAGUUCCUAAAAGAGUUAUGAAAAAUAUUGAACAUUUUCAAAGCAAUUAUCUUUUUGUCUUCCUUGGACUGGUCCUAUUUUGUGUACUUACCUCCCCUUUAUUACUGGUUGCCAUUGCAGCAUGUCUAGGAGCAUGCUACAUCAUUAACAUUAAGAACCAGGAGAAGAAGCUUUCAAUUAUGGGUAAAGAGCUCAGUGUUUCACAGCAAUACGCAGCAGUGGGUUUGUGUUCUUUCCCCAUUUUCUGGUUGGCUGGUGCUGGGUCCGCUGUUUUCUGGAUAAUUGGUGCCUCAUUUUUUGUUAUCAUGCUUCAUGCUUCAUUUUACACACACGCCGAGGAGGGGGAGGAGAUUGACCUGGUAAUGGAUGAAGUUGUAUAAUGCUGUGGAGGAGACAGAAGAAAAAAAAAAUUAUGGAAAAAAAUAUAUUGUGAUAUGUGAUUCUUUGGCAAAAAAUGACUAGAUUGAAGUGAGGAACAAGAAACAGAUAUGUGAUAUGAACUGAUGUAAUAGUUACAGAGGAAAUUACAUUAAUGUAAAAAGAAAAUUGUUUUCAAGAAUUUCAAGGAUUUGUUUGUUUGUUUUUUAAUUUUUUUUCUUGGUAGGCUAAGAACUCUACCUGUAAUUUAGACUGCUUCACCUUGGAUUAUGGGCUAUGAUAUCUGAUUGAGAAGUUGGUAUGAUUUUAUAGAGUCAGUCCUGGGUUUCUAGUUGAUUUGUUAUCUAGAUCUGUUAGAUAGGCAUUUAUUAAACAGACUUUGUAUCUGUUAUUAUGUUCUUUUGUCCUCUCAGUAGACAAGAUCACAUUUAUAAAUACUAACCUUUAUCUCUAUAUUACCGACUGAUAUUAACACCAUAUACUAACUAUUAUAUCUAUACACAGUUUCAAAGAAUAGCAAACCAGAUGCCCAGGACUAUAUAAUUUUUCAAAGACGGGUUGUUAGGAUUUUAAACUUUUCAUAUCAAUAUCAAUGUAAGCUAAUUUUCUAAGUCUGCUGGCAGUCUCUAAUCAAACAUUGAAUUGUUGUGCCUCUACAAAUGUGAUAGUGUGAUAUUUUGGGAAAUGAAAAAUGCGAAAGACAAGUUCUUACAAGUGUAAAAAAAACAUUGAGAAAAGGUUCAUGAUUUCUGUCUUUCUUUUCCGUCAGAAAAAAAACCCCUUUUUUUAACUGUAUUUUCCUUUUAAUGUUGAAUGUGUAUUUUUGUAUGUAUAUAAGGUGGGAAGACAUAUGAUGUGAAUAAAAUUUACAGAAUAUGCUUAUUUAUAGAGUUAGAUAUAUUUAUCUAUGAUAAGGCAAUUUUCUGCCUGGCAGAAUGGAGAUAACUUAAAUGUACAAACACCAGGUAGGAAUACGAGAAGCACUUUCCAAUCAUUUACUUGUAAUGGCAAACAGGUUAAAGUUAUAUAACGGCUCUUAAACAUUUUUUAUAUUCAAUGUUUGAAUAUGAUAAAAUAUUUAAACAUCAUUUUCGCUAUUUGUUAUUUUCAUUUUAACAAGGGAAAUAAAGAGAAAAAUAUGUUUUAUUUUAACUGAAAUUUGAAAUCAUUUCUUGCAGUGUACAGAAACUUUUGUAUCGUUUUCCACUAUUUUCACCAUUCCUCUGUCAGGCAGGUACUGAUAACUGGGGUUCUGGAUCUCAUAUAAUCAUACUGUGUAAGAUAAAUUUUGUCACAAGUUCUCCCCUGACAUUUGCAGAAUUAAAAAGCAAAACUCAUGCAAUGUGAUGAUAGUGUCCUGUAAUAGUAAACAUUAUGGUGAUCUCCUCCUAUUUGUUAUCCUGGAUGCUCCAGUUCCGCUCUCUGCACCCCUGAAACAUUUCAUCGGAAAAUGUAAGGUUCCCUGUAAGCAUGUUAUGGACAAGGAGAAAAGACUAGUUUUGAUUCUUUGAUGUACAUCAAAGGAAUCUUGAGGUCACACAACGGUAUUCUCUCCUUUGUAAUCUUCAUAAAGAGUGUAGCAGUCUGUGAUUGGUCAGAUGUUUUUGCCUGGAACCAAUAAAAUUACUUUACUUGUGCCUGCAAUUUUGUCAUGACAUGUUACAUGGGUGCAGAAAGGGAAAGUGAUCGUAAUCCCUGGAAUAUUUAGGAUGCCUAUUUGUAUAUAUCACACAUUUGUGCAUGGAUCUGUUGUGUUUAUAUCUCAACUUUAAAUCAUUAAUAAAGAAAUCUAUUUGCAUAAUAGCUAAAUUUGAGUGAUUGGAAAUGCCAUGCAAGAGGAUUGAAGAAGAGAUCUAGAGGAGAGGGAAAAUAUGAAAAGAAAGGCAUUGAAGGUGUUUGGUCAAGAUAUUAUAGUAAUCUGAAAAUUGUUGUUUUUGGUGAAAAUUGAAAAUAUCGAUUAUGGUACCUGUUAGCAUGAGUUAUGAGUUCAAGUAUACUUGUUACUCUGUUGGAGGAUAUUUUAUUUCUAUUUCUUGUCAUGGGUCUGCAAAUUGGACAUUUUUUAUUUUGAGGGACAACUAAUAAAAAAUAGAGAAAAUUCAA